AUGACAAUUAUGAAUAUUGAUGAUGACGCGGCAGAUUCGGAUUCGAAAGUAGAAGAGAGGCAGAAGCACAUUUAUUUCAAAAGAGGGGACACGGCUACUAAAACUGCUAUUGGGAUCUUUGACGAACGGCAACAUCAAGCUGAGGAAUUCGAAUUCGAGGAACGACAGGGACGAUCGAGAAAUAGGGUUCGUAGUCGAGUGGUUGAGGUUCUGGGUGAGAGUAGUGAAGGGGUUCUUAGGGGAGGAGAUCUUGAUUUCGAGAAGUAUAUCGAAAGUAAGGCAGAUAUGGCUUCAUGGAGUGGGCAGCCGGCAAUAAAAGGGAGCACGGAGCAGAUGCGCAUGGCAUUGUUGACGUUUUCGUUGGUUGGAUUACAAUUUACUUGGGGUAUUGAAAUGACCUAUUGCACACCAUAUUUACUUUCACUCGGUCUCACGAAAUCAAAGACUUCACUAGUAUGGAUUGCGGGACCUUUGUCUGGCUUGAUUAUGGCGCCGCUUGUGGGAGCAAUGGCGGACCGAUCCCGUUCCAAAUGGGGUAGAAGGAGACCAUAUAUGGUGGGGGCUUCUAUCCUUGUCGCAUUAUGCUUGUUGGUUCUGGGAUGGACAAAAGAGAUCGUGUCGCAUUUUGUAGAAGAAGAGGAUCUCAAUAAGACUUGUACAAUAUUUUUGGCGGUAUUGGCAAUUUAUGCCGUGGAUUUCGCUAUUAAUGCUGUUCAAUGGAGUUGUCGAAGUCUGAUCGUAGACACAUUACCUAUACAAAAGCAACAGGCAGGAUCAGCAUGGGCGAGCAGAAUGGCUGCCAUGGGUCACUUGAUUGGGUACGCUAUUGGCACCGUUGAUCUCGUCGCUUGGUUUGGUCCUUCGAUGGGUGACACACAAUUCAAGAAGCUCAUUUUAAUUGCGGCUUUUGCACUCAUAUUUUGCGUGGGUGUCACAUCAUGGGCCGUGACAGAACGUGUUUUAAUCUCUAGCAAAGAUUCUGAUUCUCAGUCUGGAAUACUCAAAAUUAUUCGACAAAUAUAUAGAACAACAAUGUCAGUUCCGCCGAAGAUCCAGGCUAUCUUAUGGUGUCAAUUUUGGAGCUGGAUUGGAUGGUUUCCUUUCCUUUUCUAUGGUACCACAUUCGUUGGAGAAACGUACUUUAGAUAUGAUGCUCCACAUGAGAUCAAAGAGUCUAAGGAUGCUUUGGGAGAUAUUGGAAGAAUUGGAAGCAUGUCUCUCGUCGUGUUUUCAUUUGUGUCAUCUUUCGGAUCAUUCCUACUACCACUAAUAAUUAAGUCACCUGAUGAGGAUAACUUCACUCAGCGACCACCGGCAAGCAUUGCUCGAUUUGUGCAGACAUACAAUAAAUACAAGCCAGACCUUCUUGGUGCUUGGUUCGUGGGACAUUUAAUGUUCUCAUCAGCUAUGUUCUUAGCACCAUUUGCGUCCUCGUUCCGAUUUGCAACUUCAUUAAUUGCGUUUUGUGGACUACCAUGGUCUGUUGCAUCUUGGGCACCAUAUGCCUUUCUUGGCGUCGAAGUGAACAAAAUGAGUGGAAUACCCUCUUAUAGCCGUCUCUCCACUACCGACCGCGAUAUCGAACUUGAGUCACCCACUUCCCCCUCAUCACCCUCUUUACUCCGUCUCGAACAUGGCCCCUCUGGGGAAAAAGAAGAUGUUGCAUCUACAGGCGAACUCUCUGGGAUCUACUUUGGAAUCCUGAACAUCUACACUACGAUCCCGCAAUUUAUAGGAACUUUCAUUAGUAUGAUUGUCUUUAGUAUAUUGGAACCAGGAAAAAGUCCCGAGUUGGCACAAAAUGCAAAGGAGGGAGAACAUCAUGGGACGGAAGGACCAAAUGCUAUAAGUGUUUGUUUGUUUAUUGGAGCGAUUAGUACAAUUGGAGCAGCUUAUGCGACGAAGCAGUUGAGGGAUAUGCAGUAG